GCAACUCUACGCUUCCCGGUUGCUAAGAGACGAGGCUUCCACAAGGCGACGGAGGUUCUCCGGCUUCUUUUCCUCCCUUUUUCUGCUUCAGCGUCACCGAAUCCGGCCACCAUGUCGGACCCAGAAGCUGACAGCUUGCGAAGCACCUUUCCCUCUUAUAUGGCGGAGGGCGAGCGGCUGUAUCUGUGCGGAGAGUUCUCUAAAGCCGCCCACAGCUUCAGCAACGCUCUUCACCUUCAGAAUGGAGAUAAGAAUGGCCUGGUUGCCCGAUCCAAGUGCUUCCUGAAGAUGGGAGAGUUGGAGAAGUCCCUGAAGGAUGCUGAGGCUUCACUCCAGGGUGACCCGACUUUCUGUAAGGGAAUUUUACAAAAGGCUGAGACCCUGUAUACCAUGGGAGACUUUGAGUUUGCCUUGGUGUUCUAUCAUCGAGGCUACAAGCUGCGGCCUGACCGAGAAUUCAAAGUUGGAAUUCAGAAAGCCCAAGAAGCCAUCAACAACUCAGUAGGAAGUCCUUCUUCAGUUAAGCUAGAGAACAAAGGGGAUCUAUCCUUCUUAAGCAAGCAAGCUGAGAGUAUGAAAGCCCAGCAGAAGCCUCAUCCCGUGAGACAACUCAUACAUCACCCCCAGAGGGAGUCUAAGCGGAAGGGCUCACUCAAGAGUGAGAAGAUUGUCCGCCAGCUCCUGGGCGAGCUCUACGUGGACAAGGAGUAUCUGGAGAAGCUCCUACUGGAUGAAGAUAAGGAAAGAAAGACCCUGAAUGGGGAGCAACUUGUCCAAGAUGACAAGCAAGUUCAUGACCUGAUCAAGGGCACCAUCAAGCAUGGCCUGACCGUGGAGGACCUCAUCAUGACAGGCAUCAACUACCUGGACACCCGCAGUAACUUCUGGAGGCAGCAGAAGCCCAUCUACGCCAGGGAGCGGGACCGGAAGCUGAUGCAAGAGAAGUGGCUGCGGGACCGCAAACGCCGUCCCUCACAGACAGCCCAUUACAUCCUCAAGAGCCUCGAGGACAUAGACAUGUUGCUGACCAGCGGCAGUGCUGAUGGGAGCCUUCAGAAAGCGGAGAAAGUGCUGAAGAAAGUGCUCGAAUGGAACAAAGAGGAGGUGCCCAACAAGGACGAGCUGGUUGGAAACUUGUACAGCUGCAUAGGGAAUGCCCAAAUCGAGCUGGGGCAGAUGGUCGCAGCCCUGCAGAGCCACAGAAAAGAUUUGGAGAUCGCCAAGCAAUAUGACCUUCCUGAUGCUAAGUCGAGAGCCCUUGACAACAUUGGCAGGGUUUUUGCCAGAGUUGGGAAAUUCCAGCAAGCCAUUGACACGUGGGAAGAGAAGAUCCCUCUGGCAAAAACCACCCUGGAGAAGACCUGGCUGUUCCAUGAGAUUGGCCGCUGCUACUUGGAGCUGGACCAGCCCUGGCAGGCCCAGCAUUAUGGUGAGAAGUCCCAGCAGUGUGCCGAGGAAGAAGGAGACAUUGAGUGGCAGCUGAAUGCCAGUGUUCUGGUGGCACAGGCACAAGUCAAGCUGAGAGACUUCGAGUCGGCCGUGAGCAACUUUGAGAAAGCCCUGGAGAGAGCGAAGCUGGUCCACAACAACGAGGCGCAGCAGGCCAUCAUCAGCGCCUUGGACGAUGCCAACAAGGGCAUCAUCGAAGAGCUGAAGAAAACCGACUACAGGGAGACACUGAGAGAAAGAAGAGAGAGAGAAGAGGCAGCUGAAUUGGAAUCUUUGAGAGAGGCGGCUUUGGGGAACGAGAAGGAAAGCAUGAGAAGAGGGAGAGAUGAGUUUGAGAAGGUGAUGAAGCACUGGGAGCGAGAGCCAGCGGACAGUGAGAAAGAGAUAGAAGAUGAGUUGUCUCAGGAAAUUCUGAGGGUCGCAGCGAGUGGACAAGAAGAAAACAGGCAGAGAGAAGUAGAGGAAGCCAGCUCCUUCAAGAGAAUAGGGCUGGGAGCCGCAGGGCGAGACUCAGAUGUUGCCAAGAGCACACCCAGAGACCUGGGUGCAGGAAGCGAGGGAGAGGAGGAUGGGAAACCGAUAGAAGUGGGCAGAAUGGAAUCAAGAGAAAUUUACAGGAGGCCUCCAGAGCUGGACCAGAAACCCUCAGGAGAAUUAAACAGAAGGGAAUCAGAAGGACUGGAGAGUCAAGUUUCAGAAGACAGCAGAAGAGAGUCAGAAGAAAUAGGGCAAACAGAACUGGGAGAAACAGCAGAAGUGACAAAGGCAGAAAAUGGUGAAGACAUGGAAGAACAUGAAAAAGAUGAAUGAAGCAGCAGGCAUCAGGACCAGGGACCUUAGGCACUUAUUCAACUGGACUUGGAUUUUCAAGCUGAGAUUUGUCUCAUAGGAGAACAUGUGGACUGGGCUCCACAGGUCGCCUCUGCCUCUUUCUGCUACUAUUUCCCCUUUCAAUAGAUAAUAGAUAUCUUUCACUCUUAAAAA